GAUACCACAAAUGCGACCAGUACGCCUUCGCCUCUGUGUGGAUGCCUGGACUGGCAACAGAAUGCUGCCCCGAGGAGAGGGGGGCAUCGAGAUCCGGCCACAGGAGCAGCAUUUGCAUUCGUGUACCUCGUGGCUGGGUCGUCUGCAAACUUGGCACCGAGCACAAGCCAGGUAUGGCGGAGCCGCAAAAAUCAGUACCCCAUUGCAGCCUGCCCCAUGCAAAUGCGCCGAGUUAGCUCAUCACAUGCACUCUGCGAGCAUGCACUCUUUGAGGGCAGACAGAUAUUGGCUCUCCCUACGUCCUUUUGCCCAUUUACACGAACUCUGCUGGUUGGACGGGCCGCCAGUUUCGAAACGUUCGGCCUCACCAGCUCUCAGCUGGCCCGACUCAUUCGGUUUCACCCGGUUCAUAUUCAUCCGAUUCAAGACCUGAUCCACUCACACUCGAUUAACACGAAUCACCGAAGUCACCCGAUUCGGCAAAUUCUCUCGAUUCAUUCUACUCGCUGA